UGUUCCAUCAUAUAUAGUAUGGUUGGUGAAGCAAUCACUUCAUUAAUUUUUCCUCGAAUCUUAUCUUCUCUGUCUCUUCACAUAUCUGCAAUUUUUUAUAGCAAUCUCAUAAGUCACAGAACAAUUCUCUCUCUCUCUCUCUCAACCAAUAAGCAUAUAAGGAAUGGCUGGUGUUAUUGGAAAGCUUGAGGCAGAAAUUGAGGUGAAGUCAAAUGCAGACAAGUUCUGGAAUGCUAUCAGGGAUUUUGCAACCAUAUUUCCUAAGGCCUCACCAUCUGUUUACAAAAGCAUUCAGAUUAUUCAGGGUGAUGGCAAGGCUCCUGGCUCUGUCUUCAAAACAACUUUAGGUGAAGGCUAUGAACUUGUGAAGACAGUCACAGAAAGGAUUGAAGAUGUUGAUGAUGCAAAGAGGAUAAUAAUUUAUAGUGUGGUUGAUGGUGAACUCCUUAAGUAUUUGAAGAGUUACAAGGGAUAUAUUAGUGUAACUCCAAAGGGGAAUGAUAAUGGAAGCAUUGUGAAAUGGUCGUGUGAGUAUGAAAAGGCUAGUCAAGAGGCUCCUGAACCUACUUUUAUCAAAGAAUUUGCAACCAACGUCUUCCCAAAGGUUGAUGACUAUCUUCUAAGUGCAUAAAUUUAUAAUGGGUUAUAAUAUAUAUGCAACAAUAAUGUGAUGUGUUCGUGUAAGAAUAAUGUUGCAUUGACGUAUAUGCGUGUAAAUUACUGUGUUGAUUAAC